AUGCUAUCUCGCUUCUUAGUGGCCGCCGCGGUCACGGCGGCGGCUCUCGGUACUCCUGCCCACCGAAGUCUCCAAGUCCACGAGAAGAGGGACAACGCCCCUAAUGGUUAUAGCCUGACGGAGCCCGCAUCUUCUGAUACUGUGCUUAAUCUGCGUCUGGCUCUCGUGCCAAACGAUACCACAGGUCUCAUCGAUGCACUGUACGAUGUCAGCACACCAUCAAGUGUGAAGUACGGUCAGUACCUCUCCAAGGAAGAGGUGGAAGUAUACACUUCUCCCAAGGAGGAGAGCGUCUCGGCUGUGAGCCAGUGGCUGAGCGAGAACGGCUUGAACGCGACGACUACCUCUCCAAGCGGACAAUGGAUGGCGAUUCAAUUGCCUGUCAGCCAGGCAAAUGAUCUCCUUGGCGCGAACUACUCUAAGUUCACGCACGAAGUGACUGGAGUGCAAGUUGUUCGUACUCUCACGUACUCAAUCCCCCCUGAAUUGGCCGACCAUGUCGAGGUGAUCCACCCGACUGUAACGUUCCCGAAUCCGUAUGGAAGCGGAGCUGUGAUGCAGGUCUCACACAGGUCCGCGCACGCUCGCGAGUUUCGCCACGAGAAGCACUCUCGCAGGAUACAUAAGCGAGACUCGAACUCUACAAUGUCGUCGCCCUGCAACAUCUCGGCUAUCACCCCGGAGUGCUUGCAAUACCUGUACAACAUCCCGACGACGCCAGCCACCAACCAGUUCAACCAACUGUACAUCUUCGGAUACGACCGCGACUGGCCUCAGAGGGCUGAUUUGACUCAAUUCUUGGAGAAGUACCGUCCUGACAUGAAUUCGUCCGCCACGUGGAGCCUGCAAAUGUCGGACAAUGGAACAGACCCUCAGAACAGCAGCAUUCCUCAGAGCGAAACUACCCUGGAUACUGAAUACGCCAUGAGUUUGGCAACGGACGUGGCGACGACGUUCGUGUCUGUCGGCGACAUCCCAGAGACGGCGGACGACUUCCUCGACUACCUUCUGGACGGCGCAUAUUACAUGCUCAAUCUCACGGAUGUGCCUCAGACGGUGACGACAAGCUAUGGGCUCGACGAGAACUUGGUUUCCGAGAAGCUUGCGACGACCAUAUGCAACGCUUAUGCCGCUCUGGGAGCUCGCGGAGUGUCUCUGCUAUUCCCGAGUGGGGACGGUGGUGUCUCCGGACUGCAUUACCCUAUGAUCGCGGGCGAGAUGUGCACUACUUUUGUUCCUACGUUCCCGUCCACGUGCCCCUAUGUCACGUCUGUGGGAGGCACAUACAAUGUCCCAGAAGUAGCCGCCACGCUCUCCGGGGGUGGAUUCUCCAACCUCUUCACCGCCCCGGACUACCAGUCCAACGCCACCUCCACCUACGUGUCCGCCCUGGGAAGCACCAACUCCGGCUUGUACAACGGAACCGGUCGUGGCUUCCCCGACGUAGCCGCGCAGGCGAUGUACUACACCAUCAUCCACAAUGGCGAGGAAUCGCUGGUCAACGGCACGAGCGCGUCGUCCCCCGUCUUCGCGUCAAUCAUUUCGCUGUUGAAUGACCAGCUGCUCUCCGCCGGGAAGCCGCCCUUAGGCUUCUUGAACCCGUUCUUGUACUCGACGGGCUCGUCAGGGCUCACGGAUAUCACCUCUGGAAACAACUAUGCGUGUUCGAACUACACGACCGGUUUCAAUGCCGCUAUCGGUUGGGACCCUGUUACUGGGCUUGGGUCCCCGGACUUCGACCGUCUCAAGACACUCGUUGGCUUGUGA